AUGGGCGCUAUACCACCAAGACAGCCUCUUUCGGGAUCCGUUCAAUUUCCACCCCGAGCGCUUCCUGGGCGAUCCCCAGUACGCGAGCGACAAUCUUCAUGCCUUGCAGCCGUUCCUAGUCGGGCCCAGAGCCUGUUUCGGCAGAGCACCUUGUUCUUACUUGCUGACCCUACCCAAAGUUUGGCUACUGCAGUGAUACGCACUGUAUUUGCUCGACUGCUAUGGAACUUUGACCUCCGAAUUUCGGAUGAGAGCAGAAGUUGGAUUGACCAGAAAAUCUUCCUCAUGCGGGAGAAGGGACCGUUGAAAGUUUAUUUGACUCCCCGUGGACUAGAAUAA